CUCAAGUAUGUACUAUUGAAUCGAUGACUGUCUCUUACACAGGCUUUCACGAUAGAUUCGUGGUUCUAGAACGGCAGGGGAGGGGCGGGGCAGCGUCGGUUGGCACGUGUGCAAAGUCUCACUCCUACGUGCGAGGCCACUUUUUCUCAUUGGUUUGCUCAUUAUCUGCAUUUCUGCUUCACAGAUCGAAUCUGAAGAGGAUUCACUGAUGUGAUUUUAAGCAUGCAUUAUGUUCCUUUUCUUUUGGGUGUAUAUUAGGCGCUGUAGUAGCUAAGCUGAGCGGGAGGGGGAAGCUACAUUUAAUUGAAUAUUGUGUUAUGGCAUAUCAUGCUUGCGAACAGAAAUUGGCAGCAAAACGAAAUCAUGUUCUUUGUUAGUUUGGAGACAAUAAUGGUGUCAUCAACCAGAUAGAUGUUGCAAGGGAACAUUUUGGAGCUUGGUUUAUCAAAUGAUUGGUAGAAAGUAUAUUAUGAUGAGCAGUGCCACUAUGGGCAUCUGUCUGUUGAAAUGUGAAGGGCCUUGGCUUCUCUACAUUCUAUUGAGUUUUCUCCUAAUAAACAAUAGCACAGCUAUCAGUCCUGAUGGUGAGGCACUUCUAAGCUUCAGGACGGCUAUUCUCAGUUCAGAUGGCAUUCUGCCUUUAUGGAGACCUGAGGAUCCUGACCCAUGUAAAUGGAAGGGGGUGACAUGCGAUCCAAAGACAAAGAGAGUUAUACAAUUGAACCUGAGAAAUCAUAAAUUGAGUGGAUCCAUAUCACCUGACCUUGGAAAGCUUGAGCACUUGAAGAUUUUGGCACUUCAUAACAACAAUUUCUAUGGGACAAUUCCUUCAGAAUUGGGAAAUUGCACACAGCUGGAGGCUAUAUACUUGCAGGGAAACUAUUUAAGUGGAUCGAUUCCAAGUGAACUUGGGAACCUAUCUGAGCUUCAAUUUCUAGACAUUUCAGGCAACUCUCUCAGUGGUUAUAUCCCUGGUUCACUUGGGAAGUUAGAUAAACUCAUUGCUUUUAAUGUGUCGAACAAUUUUCUUCUUGGUCUGAUACCAUCUGAGGGUGUUCUCACCAACUUUGCUGAAAGCUCCUUCUCUGGGAAUCGUGAUUUGUGUGGCAAGCAGAUCAAUAUUAAGGCAUGCAAAAAUAAUGGUGGAGGAAGUGGUCCAAGCUCAGACUCUCCAUUAGCCCAAACCCAAGGAGGAAAAAAGAAAUACUCCGGCCGUUUGUUUAUUAGUGCUUCUGCGACUGUGGGAGCGCUUCUUUUGGUGGCACUUAUGUGUUUCUGGGGAUGCUUUCUUUAUAAGAAAUUUGGCAAAAAUGAUGGCAACAGUCUUGCUCUUGCAAUGGAUGUCAGUGGAGGUGCAUCAAUUGUGAUGUUUCAUGGAGACUUACCUUAUUCUUCAAAAGACAUUAUUAAAAAAUUGGAGACUUUGAAUAAGGAACACAUAAUUGGCUGUGGGGGUUUUGGAACAGUAUACAAGCUUGCAAUGGAUGAUGGCAAUAUAUUUGCCCUGAAAAGAAUUGUAAAGCUGAAUGAGGGCUUUGAUCGAUUUUUUGAGAGGGAGCUUGAAAUUCUUGGAAGCAUCAAACAUCGAUACUUGGUGAACUUGAGAGGAUAUUGUAAUUCCCCUUCUUCAAAAUUAUUAAUUUAUGAUUUUCUAUCUGGUGGUAGCCUUGAUGAAGCUCUUCAUGAAAGAUCAGAGCAAUUGAACUGGGAUGCACGCCUAAAUAUUAUUAUGGAAGCAGCAAAAGGGCUGGCUUACUUGCACCAUGAUUGUUCCCCUAGGAUCAUACACCUCGACAUAAAAUCAAGCAACAUUUUGCUUGAUGGAAAUUUGGAGGCUCGAGUUUCAGACUUUGGACUAGCAAAACUGUUAGAAGAUGAAGAAUCUCACAUCACAACCAUUGUUGCUGGGACAUUCGGUUAUCUGGCUCCAGAGUACAUGCAAAGUGGUCGAGCAACUGAGAAGACUGAUGUUUAUAGUUUUGGGGUACUGGUGCUUGAAGUUUUGAGUGGAAAGCGACCUACUGAUGCAUCCUUCAUUGAGAAGGGCCUUAACAUUGUUGGCUGGUUAAAUUUUCUAAUUACAGAGAACAGGCAGCGGGAGAUCGUUGAUCCAAACUGUGAAGGUGUGCAGGUCAAAAGCUUGGAUGCACUGCUCUCUGUUGCUAUUCAGUGUGUUUCUUCGAGCCCAGAAGAUCGGCCUACAAUGCACAGGGUCGUCCAGUUACUUGAAUCUGAGGUCGUGACUCCGUGCCCAAGUGACUUCUACGAUUCUAAUUCAGAUCGAGAACUGUAAGAUGGAAAUGAAAGACUAGUUUGAGCUUACAUUUAUAUCACUGCAGUGUAAAGCAGAAAAGUAAUGGAAGCAGUGAAAAGGGUUUAAAAUCUGCAGCAGUUUUACUUCCGUUCCAUUCGUUCAUUCGUUCUGCAGAUUUAAUGAAAAUAAGAAGAUGAAACAUUUCAUCACUUUCCAUCUGACCUCAGUAUGAGCAGUCUGAGUUAGUCACCUGCACGGUUCUGGGUUGCAUUUCUUUACCAGUGUUGGCAAAUUGCGUGGGUGCUUGCGUUCUCUCCUUCACAUGAAAUGAGUUCUGCACUCACAUUAACUGUAUAUGAAAUUUGUAUAAGUUGAGAAUAUUUUGUCCUUCCAAGUGUUCUUGUUUUAUGUCAAUUUUGUAAAAUAUGAUUCAAUUUGACAAUAAUCAACAACUUCUUUACCAUUGGGAGGAAA